AUGACGUCGCGCGCGCGCGCGGGCCCGGUCGUCCAGCGCAUCGCGAGGAAUCGCGUUUUUGGCGAUGACGUGAAAGCCUCGCGAAGAACGUCGCGAGUGACGCCCGCGAGGGACGCGCGGGCGCGCGCGACGGCGCUGGAGAUUGUCGAUCACGCGUUGGAGACGCACGGUGAUCGAAUCGCGAUCGCGUUCAGCGGGGCGGAGGACGUGGCGGUGAUUCAGUACGCGGCGCUCACGGGACGGGGGUUUCGCGUGUUCUCGCUGGACACGGGACGGUUGAACCCGGAGACGUACGAGCUGUUCGAUGCGGUGGAGAAACACUUUGGAAUAAAGAUUGAGUACUGUUUUCCAGACGCGGAUGCGGUGAAGGCGCUGGUGAAUGAAAAGGGGAUGUUUUCGUUUUACGAGGAUGGACACAAGGAGUGCUGCGGCGUGCGCAAGGUGCAGCCGUUGCGGGCAAAGCUGGCGACGUUGGACGCGUGGAUGACGGGACAGAGGAAGGAUCAGAGCCCGGGGACGAGGAACGCGGUGCCGGCGUCGCAGGUCGAUCCGGUGUUCGUCGGUGCGAAGGGAGGCGAGGGGAGUUUGAUGAAGUACAAUCCGCUCACGGAUAUGACGUCGACCGAGGUUUGGGAUUUCUUGCGCGUCAUGGGCACGCCCGUGAACGCUUUGCACGAGCGAGGGUACGUCUCGAUCGGUUGUGCGCCGUGCACUCGCGCCGUACUCCCGGGACAGCAAGAGCGCGAGGGUCGAUGGUGGUGGGAAGACGCCGCGUCCAAGGAGUGCGGAUUGCACAGCGGCAACGUAUCCGACGAGGCGAAGAAGACGCAAGAGGAUCGCGAAGCGACGGAGGAGGACAUCUUCGAGCACGAACUCGUACGCGCGCUCUCGCACGACCAGAUCGCGGCGUUGCGGGAUGAAAAGACGCACGCGGAGACGACGCUCGCCGUGCUCUACGCCCCGUGGUGUCCGCACUGCCAACGCAUGGUCGACGGCUAUGAAACCGCGGCGGAGCGCCUCACGCCGAACGGGAUCACGUUCGCCAAAUUCCGCGCCGAUCGCGACGAAAAGGAGUGGGCCAAGGAAAACCUAUCCCUCAACUCGUUCCCGACCGUUCUCCUGUUCCCCAAGGGUCGAUCCGGAUACAUCAAGCUCGGGAGCGAGCGCAGGGACGCGGACUCGUUGCGAAUCUUCAUCGAGAGCGUCUGUGGAAAAAUAUGA